AUGGCUGACAACUCAACGAUCGAUAGACUAUAUGCCGAGCCGUUGAAGUUUCUCCCAGCGCGUUUUCCAGACAAAGUUUCCGUGCAGCCGUCCAGUUACGUGUCGUUCUCGUCCAAGAAGGACCCAGCAGCCAGAAUCGACGUUGCCACGCCCGAACCGGUGUUACCGGUGUCUCCCAGCAAGGCCAUGAGACAAAAGGUGACCAUGGCUGAGGCUGUGGCCAUCUAUGCUGGCAAAAAACUAUUUGCGAAAGCUGACAAGAAGCGCGGUCCGAAACCCUCGGCUGUUCCAGCCGUAGAAGACGAAGAUCUAGGCAUGUCUGAUCUUGAAGACAAGUCUACUGAACUUUCGGAUGAUGAUUUCCAGCCCCUUUCAAAGAAGAGAGCUUUCGGUGCGCAAAAUGUGCCAGUGGAGACUGAUCGAUUGGAUGUUGUCGUUGAAAGCGAUCAAAAGCAUUUCGACUCUGACUCGGAUUCAGACGAAGAUGAUGACUAUCACACUGCCGAUGAAGUUGACAGUAACUCCGAGUUGGGACCAGGGUCCCGCGAUGCUGAAUCUGGCUCUGCGUCUUCUGAAUCUGAAUCCGAAUCUGACUCCGACUCCGACUCCGACUCUGAGGCCGAAAGCACUUCUAGUCAGAGCCGCACCCGCCUGGUGGAACUUAAGAAACAGCUCAAGGAUGAUAUGUCAUCCCCCUCAUCCAACAACAGCGAAGCAGAGGAUGAUCAUGAUGAAGGCGAUGCUGAUGAGACCGCGAAGGGAGUCAACAAUAAGCAGUUUCCCAAGUUGGAGAAUACACCUCCCACCUCACCAGAAGAAGAGACUGCCAUCAGCUCUGGAAUUCUGCCACUGUCUGAGUUCUACGGAUUCAACGAAUUUUCUGAAGAUCGUGGAUCCAACGGGUCUAAACGCAUUUUCAAGAAUUGGAGAGAACUGGUCAACUCAGAGCCUAUUGGAUUGCUCAACCAGGGAGUCACUUGCUACAUGAACUCUGCUGUGCAAUCUUUAAUUCACGUUCCCGCUCUACAGCAUUAUCUGAAAGAUGUUUAUCAAGGCAAGUAUGACAAGCAAUUAAACCCCAGGUCUGUGACAAAGACAUUGGCAGACACCUCCGCUAGGCUAUGGCAGUUUGAGAUCUCAAACACCGGCAAGAAGAGCGGUCAUUUCCUUCCCAGAAAGCUGAUUAAGAGACUUGGUGAUAUCAACUGUAUGAUGUCUGAAUGGCAACAGGAGGACUCUCACGAGUAUUUCAUGUCGUUGAUGUCGAGGCUUCAGGAAGAUUCCACCCCCAAAGGCGUAAAACUCAACCAGAGCAUCAUUUAUGACAUAUUUGGCGGUUUACUGCACCAGUCUGUCACUUGCAAGUCAUGUGGCCACAUAUCCAAUACACAACAAGAGUUUUACGAUCUUUCGCUUUCGCUGGAUAAUAGGAAAAAGAGAAAUAGCUCAAUUCUAGACACCAACCAGCUGAAACAACUCAAGGAAAAAAUCGAGUCUUCCAACUCACACAACGCCGACGAGGAUAAAGAUGAUCAGAAGAGCAUGUCUGAGUUUUUGGAGAGCCGGGUCGAGGCAAGGGCCAACCCAGAAUUCGAACAGAAGCCCCAAUCUCAAUCAAAUACAGACAGAGCAUCUCCGGCUCCAGCACAGCCGCAAGUCGCCGAUCUUUCCCCCAAAUAUUCCAUAGAGUCGUCUAUCCGCGACUUUUUCUCGCCAGAAAUCAUCAAGACAGACAAGAAAGAUAAGACUCAAGGAGGCUAUGAGUGUGAGAACUGUAAGAAAAGAACUGUUGCUGUCAAGAUUUCCAGAAUAGACAGGGCACCGGAGACGCUGGCAAUUCAUCUCAAGAGAUUUAGGUUUAAUGGAAUUGCCUCUUCGAAGGUGAAAACGAAUGUUUCAUAUCCGGCAGUAUUGGAUCUGACUGAAUAUACCACUUCUAUGAAGUUGCCGGUGAAAUAUGUGCUUAGCUCAGUUAUAGUCCAUGAAGGCAGAUCUGUCAGCUCAGGCCACUACAUCGCACAUUGCAGACAGCCGGAUGGUUCAUGGGCCACUUAUGAUGAUGAGUAUAUCAACAAGAUCCCCGAGAAACAGGCGCUGAAGAAUUCCUCUGCGUAUGUCCUGGUGUAUACCCGUUUGACUCACAAGUCCAUUCCGCUAGGCCAGGGCUCUGGCUCUUUGGAACCCCUCAAGCCGGCCGACAAGAAGAGGAAGGCCGGCAGUGACUCAAAUUAUCGGCUCAACAAGUCCAAGAAGAGGAAAAACCGCCGCUAA